AUAGCCGCCGUACACCUCGGAGCCGAACAGUAUGGCUUCGGCUGCCGGUCGGUUCGCGUUAAUGGUGACUUACGGUGUUGGUACGGUGUGUUGUCGGUCACGAGUGUGCGUGCCCCGUUUUCCUCGAACGAAGGACAUCCCGUGAAACGUGGACACGAGAAAUAUCGAAGGGACGAUCGGUCGAGGGGCGAGACUGGCAAGCUACACUGGCAGAGAUGCGGCGAAAUGUGAAAAUUGUGUUGCUCCUGUCAUGCGCGUGGAUGUUCGCCUUUGUUUACUACUACCACACGUCGCGCGACACCAAGAACGAAAACAGAGCACUGCGACUGAAAGAGCCUGCAUCGCUAUCCCUGUCCGCCGGAAAUUCCGGCAACUACGUGGACCCGGAUGGCACCGCCAUUGUGAUGUCGUCUGAGCUGUUACCAGCACCCACUCCGGAUCCAAGGGUGACGUGGAACUACUUCGACGAGCAAGGGUACGUCUCGAGAGGAGGUCUAAGGGCGGGAGAAGAUCCGUACGCCAGGAACAAAUUCAACCAGGAAGCUAGCGAUGGACUUCCGAGCAAUCGUGAUAUUCCGGACACCCGCAGUGCCAUGUGUCGAAUGAAACAAUGGAGGAGGGACUUACCACCAACUUCUGUGAUAAUCACGUUUCAUAACGAAGCUCGAUCAACGCUGCUGAGAACCGUCGUCAGCGUGUUGAAUAGAAGUCCCGAGCAUCUUAUCAAAGAGAUCAUUCUGGUCGACGACUUCAGCGAUCAUCCCGAGGAUGGCGAAGAGCUGUCAAGGAUACACAAAGUUAGGGUGAUACGCAACGAAAAGAGGGAGGGUUUGAUGAGGUCGAGGGUGCGCGGAGCGGACGCAGCGACCGCGAGCGUGUUAACCUUCCUCGACUCUCAUUGCGAGUGCAACGCGGACUGGCUGGAGCCACUUUUGGAGAGGGUUGCGGAAGACCCCACCAGAGUCGUCUGCCCUGUUAUCGACGUGAUAAGCAUGGACACCUUCCAAUACAUUGGGGCGUCAGCAGACCUGAGGGGUGGUUUCGACUGGAGUCUGGUGUUCAAAUGGGAGUAUCUAAGCCAAACGGAGAGACAAGCGAGACAAAAAGACCCGACGCAAGCAAUCAGAACGCCGAUGAUCGCCGGUGGUCUGUUCGUCAUCAACAAAGCGUACUUCGAGAUGCUCGGCAAGUACGACACCCAGAUGGACGUUUGGGGUGGCGAGAAUCUCGAGAUCUCGUUCAGAGUGUGGCAAUGCGGCGGCAGCUUGGAGAUUAUUCCGUGUUCCCGUGUCGGCCACGUGUUUCGCAAACGGCACCCCUAUUCGUUCCCCGGGGGUAGCGGAAACGUUUUCGCCCGGAACACCAGACGCGCGGCCGAGGUUUGGAUGGACGAUUACAAACAAUUCUACUACAAUGCGGUCCCACUGGCGCGAAAUAUCCCGUAUGGAAAUAUUCAGGACAGGAUGGAGCUGAAGCGGAAAUUGCACUGCAAGCCGUUCAGCUGGUAUCUGAAAAACGUGUAUCCCGAGUUGGUUAUACCGACCAGCGAGGGUGGUCCUGGUGGAUCUCUGAAACAAGGCACAGCCUGCUUGGAUAGCAUGGGCCACCUACUAGACGGGAAUGUAGGACUUUAUCCGUGUCACGACACCGGUGGCAACCAAGAAUGGGGCCUGACCAAGGACGGUCUGAUCAAGCACCACGACCUCUGCCUCACUCUACCAAUGUACGCGAAGGGUACGACGUUGCUGAUGCAGAUCUGCGACGGCAGCGAGAACCAGAAAUGGAGGCACCUGGAGGGUGGACUGAUCCGUCAUUCGAGGAUCCCGGUAUGCGUGGACUCGAGAUACCACGAGCAAAGAGGGAUCACAGCGGAGAAAUGCGAUUCGAAUGCCGAGACGCAGAGGUGGCACCUUUACAACCAUAAUCACUAGCUCGCGAACAAGAGGAGCGGUGGCUCGUGAAAGUCGCGGUGCCGUCGUCACUCGCGAAUGACUCAAGGUGUGCGUUAUCUGAUCAGAAGAAGACGGGUCGAUUUGAUCAGGACCAGCGAUCUGAUCGAUCCUAGAUCAAGAUUGCUUAACAGAACCGGUCGAUGAUCGAUGGACCUUCCUAGAGUUCAUAGGCGAUUGUAUGAUAUUAUUAUUAUAAUUAUAUACUCGUAUCGAUGAGACUGUCGCGAGAGAUUCUCGAUCAAAGCGUUAGAAACAGAGAAUGAAAUUCGCUAGCGAGUCAUUGAAUUUAUUAUUUUGUCCAAGGAGAGUAGAUUGUUGCUUCUUAUUUUUCAUUUAAUCAAUUAGAAAGCGGGUCUGAGGUGUUUCGAGAAAACUUUUGUAACGUCGGAAAAUAUUCCUUGAUACCCAGCCCUGCUUUCCGUGUACUUUGCGUCCCGGUGCAUUUAUCUUAACGUCGAUGAUCUCAAUCGUUUGAAAACUACGAAAGUAGACUUAAUGAGAAACAAAGAACACCGAUGAUAUUUUAACUCGGUAAUAUUUUAAGCAAACUCCAGUGACAAUUGUGCACUUUGAAUCGAAGCAUUUAUAAAGUUUCAGGUUUUCUAUUUUUAUUUUUUAUUUUAAUCGAUUGCGAAGCGAAUCGCAGUUACUUCCAAAGCGUUGUUUUUAUCAAUUUCUCAUGUUUUAACGGCCUUAAGCGAUGAGAGGCGAAUGGAAGACAGUAGCGAUUCUUGUUUAUUUUUAGCUGAACUUAUUACAGCAUCGACCUCGGUCGCGGUGUGAAUUGAAUGAUGCUUCUCGAUCAAAGGCGUGCGCUAUGAUUCUCACAAAAGAGAUUUAUUUUUGUAUAAGAAAUCGUAUACUUACUUGGUUGUGCGAAUACAAGGACUCGACGUGUUCGUGUACAUACACGCAUACGAAGAACGCGUUGUUCUUUACUCCGAAGACACGUUACGUUUGUUCGAAGAUCCUUCUAAUAGCCUGAAAAAUGAAAUUUUUUUUUUUUC